AGUUCGCCGAGAAGAACUCCGAGUGCAACACGUCUCCUUCUCGGUCUUAUAAUAUAUCUAUAUGCGAUAUACCUGCUCAAGCACCAACGCGUAUAUAUACCAUUACCUAUAUAUUAUAUACCUAGCGCCACAGCGAGAUAAGUAUAUACAUAAUCAACGAUAAUACACUGCAGACAAUAAUAUGGACGCUAAUAAGRCGAGUGUUUCAUACUGCCGCGUCGUCGCAGUCUUCGUCCUGGCCGCAUGCGCCGUUGYCUCUGCGUCUCCUUUCCAGCUUCACGAUGACUCGUCGACCGCAGAGCACGGCAGUGACGACUCACACAAGCCCGGKUCGACGUAUCACUUUCAGUACGCGGUUCACGACCCACUGACCGGCGACGAGAAGAGCCAGAAUGAGGUGGGCGACGGGCAUGGGUCGGUGAAGGGCACGUACAGCCUGGUGGAACCGGACGGCUCCACCCGCGUGGUCGAGUACACGGCCGAUGACGAGCACGGUUUUAGGGCCGUAGUGAAGAGGAUCGAACCGGUGCACGGUAAACAUCACAUCCUCCCGUCACCUGCAYCCGCCGACGACUCAUCAUACAAGUUUGACUUUGCCGCCGAACACGCCGCCGCCGCAGCCCCACCCCAGGUUGACUACGAACUGCAACAGUCGCUACACAACAACUACCCGCUGCAGGAACACCAACCCGAACUCCAUCAAUUCUCAUCAUCGCACCGUUAAAGUCUCCCAUUAGGUAAGGUUAUUAGGUUAGCUGUCGUCUCCYGCGCCGCUUCACAUAUUGUUAUUAUUAUUUCACAUACUACGCGGAACUGCGGUAGAUAAUA